AUGGCUAAACAAUCAUUAGACGUUUCAAGCUCAAGAAGCAAAGCUAGAAAAGCUUAUUUCACAGCUCCAUCAUCAGUUCGUCGUGCUCUUUUAUCAGCUCCAUUAUCAAAAGAAUUACGUGAACAAUAUGGUGUCAAAGCUUUACCAAUUAGAAAAGAAGAUCAAGUUUUAGUUGUUCGUGGUUCUAAAAAAGGUCAAGAAGGUAAAAUUUCAUCAGUUUACAGAUUAAAAUUCGCUGUUCAAGUUGAUAAAUUAACCAAAGAAAAAUCAAACGGUGCUACUAUCCCAAUUAACGUUCAUCCAUCAAAAGUUGUUAUUACAAAAUUACAUUUAGAUAAAGAUCGUAAAGCUUUAAUCCAAAGAAAAGGUGGUAAAGCUGAAUAA